AUGCUUUGGGUGCUUGCCCUAUGUUUGCAUAUAUGCGCUUGUUUCGUCCAUGGUGAAAGCACCAACCCAACCAUUUUCGCGUGGGAUUUUGGCACUGGGGACGAGCAGGUGGCAGCUGAGUUGGCCGAGUUAGUUCACAACACCGCCCGGCACGCCCGAGAAUCGGCUAGUGACUUCAUGUUGGUCGUAGAUAAGCCUCUGCCGCUUUGCUCUGCCGAAAAUGCCACAUUCUUGGUGCUUUGCCGCAACAGCGAAGUGUAUGAGCUUUUAGAAACGAUUCAAAGUGUCCAAGAUCGCUACAACAACAAGCGGCACCAUGACUGGGUGUUUUUAAAUGACGAGAUUUUCCUGGACCAAUUUGUUGUGCUAGUUUCACUGUUCAUUCGUUAUGGCCAAAUCAGUUUUGGCCAGGUGCCGAAAGAGCACUGGCUGUACCCAGAAUGGGUGAACCAGACACUAGCGGCAGAAAUGCGGCACCAAUUGCAACUCAAAAACGUCGUCUACGCCGAAAGCGAGUCGUACCGUCACAUGUGUCGAUUCUACCUGGGUUUUUUUUAUAAGCAUCCAUUAGUUCGACAGUACCGGUAUUACUGGCGAUUGGAGCCUGGUGUGCGGUUCUACUGCGACAUUGACUACGACGUGUUCGCCUUCAUGCGCGAGAAUGAAAAGGCCUAUGCCUUCGUCUUGUCCAUGUUCGAGUACAGCGACACUAUUCCGCUGCUCUGGGACACGGCCCAAAGGCACUUUGCGCUCCAGGAAAAUGUGCCCAACCCCACCUUGCUAGAUCUUGUGCGGAACAACGAUGUCAACGGUACAUACAACUUGUGCCAUUUCUGGCUGAACUUUGAGAUUGCCGAUCUUUCCUUCUUCUCGUCGCCGCAGUACGAGGCAUAUUUUACUAGCUUGGACAGAUCCGGCGGUUUCUUCUACGAACGCUGGGGUGACGCUCCAGUGCAUACACUUGCGGUGGCUAAUCUCUUAGAUAGACAGCAAGUGUGGUGGUUUCAGGAUUUCGGCUACUACCAUCUGCCAUAUUUGCAUUGUCCCCAGGGACCCAUAUAUGCACGCAAUAGAUGCUCGUGCGACCAGUCUAUGGACUUUACGUUUAGCCACUUGAGCUGCACGCCGCAUAUAUUGCAGGUUCUUUCCGAGGCAUAG